UUGCCCGGCUGAUCUGGUUGGUCAGCUUGGCUAGAUUCGUCUCGUCCGUUCGGUUGGGUCAAUCGACCUUCCCGUUCGCGACCAGCGACGACGAUCAGCGGUUAGUGGUUUCAACGCAACCAACGAAAGUGGGUUGCGUCCGAAUUCGUUCGCCUCGUCGUCGUGUGGACGGUGUGUCGGUCGGAGGAGAAGACGAUGCGUCGCACCGUUCCCAUUUUCCCUGGCGAACCCACCGAACCGGACUAGAGAAGAGAAAAGAAGAGAAGAGAGGAGAGGAGUGGAGAGGAGAAGAGAAGAGAAGAGAAGAGAAGAGAAGAGAAGAAAAGAGUAGAGAGGAGAGGAGAGGAGAGGAGAGCAGGAGAGAGCACGGAGAGAGGAGGUCGCAAAUCGAUAGUGCGCGCGCGAUUUCGGCGACUCAGCUGGUGGUGCGUCCAUCCCCCGCUUCUCCUCACCGUGAGCAUUUUCCCUUCCUGAUCAGCCAGGAAAAGCCAAGGAGAAGAAACGUUGAGGAGAGCGCGGGCACCCUCAUUCGCGAUGAGAGACACCGGCAACCAGGCCAAGUACGAGCAGCUCUUGGACGACGCCGGUCUCGAGAUCCGCAACGACGGCAAAGAGCGCAACGACGACGAGAAUGCGACACUAAAGGAGGAUAAGGAACACAGCUCCGAGAUGUGGUUGACUACUGCAGAAUCAGCUAGCCUUGGGGCCGAAGAAGUAGCAGCCAGAUUACAUGUCGACGUUCGAACUGGACUCAGGUGGCAAGAGGCUGACCACAGAAGGCAACUGGCUGGCUUUAAUGAAUUCACUGUCAAGGAGGAGGAUCCACCAUGGAAGAAAUAUAUCGAACAAUUCAAAAAUCCACUGAUUCUUCUUCUACUUGCCUCUGCAUUUGUCAGUGUGUGCAUGAAGCAAUUUGACGAUGCUGUCAGUAUUACCGUGGCUAUCAUAAUAGUGGUGACAGUUGCAUUUGUACAAGAAUACCGAUCGGAGAAAUCUUUAGAAGAAUUGAAUAAAUUGGUACCACCAAUAUGCCACUGCUUGAGAGAGGGCCAUUUAGAGACAUUUCUAGCGCGUAAUUUAGUUCCUGGUGAUAUUGUAUAUUUAAAUAUUGGGGAUAGAGUACCCGCCGAUAUCCGUAUAUUCGAGGCCAUAGAUUUAGCGAUCGAUGAGAGUAGUUUUACCGGUGAGACCGAGCCGGCGCAAAAGUCAACGGCUCCUCUGCUAAAGACUAAUGGGCUAACGUCGAAGAGAAAUAUCGUCUUCAUGGGCACCCUGGUACGCUGCGGUAACGGCAAGGGAAUUGUAGUGAAUACGGGAGAAAAGAGUGAAUUUGGGGAAGUUUUCUCAAUGAUGCAGGCCGAGGAGGCGCCAAAGACUCCACUACAGCGAAGCAUGGACAUUUUAGGUACACAGCUGUCUUUCUAUUCGUUCUGCAUUAUCGGUAUCAUCAUGCUGCUGGGAUGGAUCCAAGGUAAGGCUAUCCUUGAGAUGUUUACCAUUGGUGUAAGCUUGGCGGUAGCCGCCAUACCGGAGGGCUUACCUAUCGUCGUAACCGUGACGCUGGCGCUGGGAGUUAUGAGAAUGGUCAAAAGAAAGGCGAUUGUAAAGAAGCUACCAACUGUCGAGACUCUCGGCUGUGUAAAUGUAAUAUGCUCCGACAAAACCGGCACUAUAACAAAGAAUGAGAUGACCGCGACCGUUCUCGUGACGUCGGAGGGUUACAUCGCCGAUGUUACCGGAGCAGGAUACAACGGUCUGGGUGAAGUGCGAAUAAGGAAAUGCGAUAGUGUCGACCUUGCACGCGCCGCUAUCAGUAAUAUGUUGGAGAUAGGUUGCGUAUGUAACAACGCUAUCAUACAAAAUGAUACUCUGCUGGGACAACCAACGGAAGGCGCGCUGAUAGCUGUGGCUAUAAAAUUUGGAAUGUACGGUGUUGCUGAUAGGUAUUUGAGAUUACAAGAAUAUCCAUUUUCUUCGGAACAGAAAAUGAUGGCUGUGAAAUGCACACCAAAAUUUGGUGAGAAUAGACAAGAAAUCUACUUUGUGAAGGGCGCGCUAGAGAAGAUUCUGCCACAGUGCACGAAAUAUUACGAGAACGGUCAAGUGUAUCCUCUCAGCCAGAAGAAAGAUCAGGAAUUCUUGACGGAGGCAUAUGACAUCGGUCAACAAGGAUUGAGAGUAAUCGGUCUAGCACGUGGCUCUUCAUUGCAAGAUUUGAUUUAUGUCGGUCUAGUCGGCAUCUGCGAUCCACCGAGACCGCAUGUGCGCGAAUCCAUCGGUAUUCUGAUAAAUAGCGGCGUUAAGGUGAAAAUGGUAACGGGGGAUGCAAAGGAAACCGCGGCUGCAAUAGCUAGCAUGAUCGGUCUGGACACGCUUCACAGUCGGUUGUUGUCGGGGGAUGAAAUCGAUAUGAUGUCCGAACAUCAGCUGGAACAGUGUAUCAAUAACGUCAGCGUGUUCUACCGCGUGACACCAAAGCACAAACUUUGUAUCGUAAAAGCCUUGCAAAGGAAUGGCAAUAUAGUGGGUAUGACCGGUGACGGUGUAAACGACGGGGUUGCUCUGAAAAAAGCGGAUAUAGGUAUCGCCAUGGGGAAAAACGGCACUGACGUGUGCAAGGAAGCGGCUGAUAUGAUUUUAGUCGAUGAUGACUUCGGUACAAUCAUCGCGGCAAUCGAAGAGGGAAAAGGAAUCUUUCACAAUAUCCGAAACUUUGUGAGAUUUCAAUUGAGCACUAGCAUCGCUGCACUUUCUUUGAUAGCUCUCGCAACAUUGAUGAGUAUACCGAAUCCAUUGAACGCCAUGCAAAUACUAUGGAUCAACAUUAUUAUGGACGGUCCACCCGCUCAAAGCCUCGGAGUCGAGCCAGUCGAUAAGGAUGUUUUAAAACAGAAGCCACGGAAUACAAAGGAACCGAUGAUCACGCGUCACCUCAUAAUUAACGUUUUAUUAUCAGCUACUAUCAUUAUUCUCGGCACUUUGUGGGUGUACAACAGAGAGAUGGUUAAUGGGAAUACCGCGCGAGACACCACCAUGACAUUUACUUGCUUCGUAUUCUUCGACAUGUUUAAUGCGCUUAGCUGUAGGUCACAGACAAAAUCCAUAUUUACAAUCGGUCUGUGGAGUAACAAAAUGUUCCUGGUAGCAGUAACGUUAUCUGUCAUCGGGCAGAUGUUCGUCAUCUAUUUCCCACCGUUGCAGAGAAUAUUCCAGACCGAGGCUCUUACGGCGAAAGAUCUCUUAUUCUUGGCAGCGUUAACGUCGAGCGUCUUUGUAAUCAGCGAGUUUAAGAAAUUUUUAGAGAGGCAACUUCAGAAACGUCGCAAUGUUAACAACAGCCAGUAUUACAACAAAUUCGAAAUGGAUUUUGUAUGACAGUUACAGUCUGCCGAAAACAAGGCGGCGGACAAAGAUCAUAAUGAAUAAAUAUCGGGCAUCGAUACCGCUCGCUCAGCGCGGCCAGUCGUUCGUUCGUUCGUUCGUUCGUUCGUUCGUUCGUUCGUUCGUUCGUUCGUUAAUCAACAUUAUUUCACGUUAACAUACUCGAUUAUGCUUGCACCAUUCGUAAUCUCACAUGUUACGCACCUAUCACACGAGAAUAAUAAUAGUGACACUUCUAUUGACACGUAUUGAUUCGCAGUGAUUGCGGUUUUUUUUUUCCAUUUACAAAUUGUUUGGCUCUAUUUUUCGGCACAUCGUACAAAGUAUCGUUUCAAUGGUAGGUUACAUAAACUGUAGCUAUUUAGACUAUAUUCCACUAUUGUCUCUGCAUUAAACUCUAUUCCAAUUGAGAUAGAAACCUGUGGAUCGACGUGUGAUCAAACUAAAGUGUGUUAAAGUCUACUAAUAGUGCACUGGAUGUAUUCUAACGUGCGUUCUCUACGUACAUAAAUCUCUUCUAGAGAAAUCAUGUUGAUGGCACCUGCAUAUUUGCAAUGUGCCAAUAUAUUACAAACUUUAUAGUUGCCAUCGAAAAUUUAGUUGCAUCAGCCAUUCACGGUUGAUUUAACUGCCAAUGAUUAAAUUAUCCAUCAAUUUCCUAUCACUAUUCUUCCGCAAUACGACGCAGUUGAAAGAACAUUUACUGCUCGAUAGGUUGUACGCUAACAAAACAUAGCAGACUAGAAAUGUGUUGGAAAAAAAGUAGAUAGUUGUAGACUGUUGCGCUUUUAUAUGCGUGUGUGUCACAUAAUUUUGUGAAUAAGUUAAUGGUCCUGCGAUAUAGAAAUUCUCCUUAGAGUGAAUGCAGUCUAUGAUUACGAGCUAUCAUUUGAUAAUGUUAACGUUUCAAAAUUUAACAAAACUAAUUAGAAAGCGAUAUUAUUAAUGUCCCCGUAAAAACGAUCAACUGUAUCAUCUUGGAAAGAAAAUCUGCAGGAACACGCGACAGUUGCAGGCAGUUCUCAAUUGAAAUAGAGUUCAUUGUAUCAUUAUGAUAAGAGAUUACGAAUUAACGUAAUAGAUGAUAGCGGCGCUACUGCACAUUCCACGUACGUUUGAUAGAUCAACGACUUUUAACGAUAUAUUAUGUAUCUAUGGUGUAGCCGUAAAUUGCAGUCCAAAGCAAUGUUUGCACCGUAUCAUCUUAAUCAUUCUUAUCUAAUACUUUUUUUCUAAAGAUACUGCGACGGUUUGUAUGUAAGACCUACUACUAAGAGGAAAGGGAAAAGCGUCGAUAGUUCGCCAUCCGCGCGCUUAUCAUUCACUGUCGGUCACUUCGUGCUAGAAGAAGAAGAGAGAGAGAAAGAGAGAGAAGGGGACGGGAGAGAGCGAAUCAUGCAGCAUUUUACCGAGUAUAUAAAAAGAUAGAAACGAACGAUAAUUCAAACCAGACAUACAAAUCGAUUGCAUUUAAGAGAUACAGUUGUAAUCGGUAAAAAUAAAUGAUCCUACAGUGUUCUUUAA